AUGGCUGAGGGUGAAACACAGUUCUUCUCGACUGGGGUUUUGCUCAGUGAGCGCGCCUGCAGCCCCCGCCGGUGCCGCCACGCCCACCACGCCCGCCGGUCCCGCCCUCGCCGCGCGCCCGCCUCUCGCCGCCACACGGCCGGUGAUUGGCUGGUGGAGCUGCCCGUCUCGAGCCCCGAGCACGUCGCACUCAGAUCAGCGCUUCUAUUGGUCACGGCGGCGGCGGCCGCGCGCGGACCCGACGAGGAGGGGAAAGCCGGUCGCCGCGGUGGCGGAACGGGCGGAGGCUGCCGGUUUCGUAACCGUCGCUCCUCCUCGCCGACUCGCGGGCUGCGAGGCCUGGGUCGGGUCGGGCCGCGCCGCGCGGGGCCGCUCGGAGUGGAGGCCGCCUGGGGGCGGGCGGGCCGGCCGGAGGCGCAGGUACAUGUGAAGAUAUUUUGGCAGUUGAGUGUGACCUCUGCUGAUCACAUUGCUCUGAUUUCUACCUGUUCUGUGUUGGCAAAGGAACACGCCCAAAUGAGCAAGCUGCCGCAGCCAGCCACUACUCCAGCAGUGAACGGAAUAAGUGUCAUUCAUACUCAGGCACAUGCCAGUGGCUUACAGCAGGUUCCUCAGCUGGUGCCCGCCGGGCCUGGGGGAGGAGGCAAAGCUGUGCCUCCAAGCAAGCAAAGCAAAAAGAGUUCACCCAUGGAUCGCAAUAGUGACGAGUACCGCCAGCGCAGAGAGCGGAACAAUAUGGCCGUGAAAAAGAGCCGGUUAAAAAGCAAGCAGAAGGCUCAAGACACACUGCAGAGAGUGAACCAGCUCAAGGAAGAGAAUGAACGGUUGGAAGCCAAAAUUAAGUUGCUGACAAAGGAAUUAAGUGUACUGAAAGAUUUGUUUCUUGAGCACGCACACAACCUCGCAGACAACGUGCAGCCCAUCAGCACUGAAACUACGACAAAUUCUGAUAACACGGGGCAGUAGAUCUCCUUCCAGACAGCGCAGCUUUGUGGCUUGAACCUGAGAGGUGUGACCGCCCUGCACCACUUGGUUCAAUGGCUGAGCGUGGUCCUGUUCCAUUGAGGUUAUUUUCUGGGCUCAGCUCUGAACAGUUGAUUAGCCAUGUAGUUUAUCUGGUCUUAAAUGAUGGAUUUUUGAAGCACUAAAAGAAAACUUGGGGUUUAUGGUUAAAACAAAAUUCCUGGACCUUAAUAUUCUUAAUAAAUCCUGACUUCCCCAGAAAUGCUUCUUUUCUAGGAAUGGGAAAAUGGAAGGUCAUAUAGAAGGUUUUGGGUUUUAAUGAGACAAUACCUUGGAUUAAGAAAAGCUGGAUUCCAUCUGUGUUCCUUAACUUGUGAUUUUAGUCUAAAUUGUGUAUUGUAAAUUCUAGGGCUUCAGAAACCAAUCAUCAUAAUUUGACCCCAUUUUAUAGUUAGUAUAAACCUGUGUUAGCAUAAUUGGCAUUGUUUUUCCCAACAAGUACAUAUUUUUUAAAAAUAACUUCAGGCAAAGUAAAGAAACCCCAUUCAGGUCACACCAAAGAGGUGGUUAAAAAUACAAAUUACAGUUAGGAAGGAAAGAAGUGUUGUUUUUUCCUCCCUUGUUUGUUUUAAAGGGCAUGCAGAGAUUGGAUUGAACUCUGAGGGUCCUUUGGUCUACUGGAUUAGCAUUCUCAUGUGUCCUUCAAAACCAGCAUCUACUGUGUGCUGACAUUUUAGUUUCUGUGGAUGCUAGUAAAGGGAGCGUUUGUUUUGGGGGGAGAAACCAUUUUUUGACAGCCAAGUUAGUAAAUAAAAUGCCUUGGCUUGAUGAUACAGACCAUGAUUUAGAAUACUAAUUUAUGCUGGGCAUGGUGGCAGGCAUGGUGGCACCAGCUUUAGUCUGAGCACUCGGGAGGCAGAGGCAGGAAGAUCUCUUGAGUUCAAGGCCAGCCUGGGCUACAGAGUGAGUUCCAGGAUAGCCAGGACUACAGAGAAACCCUGUCUCAAAAACAAAAGCAACAAAAAAAACAAACAGCAAAAAAAGAAUACUAACUCUUUUGGUAGAAUAACUGCCAACAGGGCCAUGCUUUUUAAAGGCAGGGGUUUUUUUGUGUGCGCUUGUGUGAAGAGGCACAUUUUGGUAUUUGAUCUCAAAUGAUUAUUAGAAAAAUGUAUCAACUUCAUGCCAUCUCUCAAAAGACUAGUCAAAGAAAACUUGAAAGUAUAAGGUUUCAAUCUUUAAUUUAUUUCCUAAAUCUUUUUAUUUUUAUUUUUUUGAGGAAUUUCUUUUCUAGUUUAGUGAGGUGUUCUUCCAGACUUCAUGUGGUGUUGCCUCUGUUUAUCCAUUAGUAUGCUUUUAUGUUCUGUAUAAAUUAUUUGAGAGAAAAUGCUGAUAAAACUCAGGAUAUUGACUUUUGUGUUGUGAAACUGACAAGCCGGUAGGGUAUCUCUAGGGCCUGCUUUUAUCAGUGUUGUCGUGUAGAUUGUCUUGCACAGUUCCAGCUAAAGUUUGUUGCUUCCUGAGAUGGUGACUAAAACAUGAGUCUUGCAUGAUCACAGUUUGUGUAGCCGGGAAUCUUGUUUGAACAUGGUCAUUUCUGGUCCUGUUUCCUAUAAGACUUGGUUACUGUAACCGCAGUGUAACUCAGGUUGCUCCCUGAGCGUGACAGAAGAGUAUGGACUCUGUUCUCCUGUGCAGAAGCUAUUGGUGCCCUGCAGCUCAGCAAAGCCUUUUAGGGCCACUGUGCCGAAGACAGGAGUCAACACUGUUUUUGGGGAACCAAGAAAUGAAUGGGGUUUUUAAAAGUUAGGGUCCAGCACCAGUUUACCUUGGUUGGAAUAACCAUCUCAUAAAGAUUGAUAGAUGUUUUGUAUAACUAACAAGGAUGCACCCAUAUAAUCCUAAUCUUUACCAGUGGAUUGAUAAUAUGUAAUGAAUUUACUGGGAGAUAGAGUUAGGUCCCACUUGAACACACAAUAGACAUUCAGACAUUAGAAAGUCCUACUUCCAAAUACUAGCUUUCACAAGUGGACAUUCUCGUGGAAUUGUGCUUACUGGUGCAAGGACUUAAGCUGCUCAGUAUUUCUAAUCAGAACAUACACAUCAGUUCUACCUGUGCUCUUCUUACCUUUGCAAAUCAGAUGAUUAGCACAAGCAAGCAGUUCCACAUAGAAUACAUUGUUAGCUGGCGUUUGGACUUUCUUACUGAAGGGGAAAUAAUGUUUAGCUUGAUAGAGUUCUCAGUGUAAAAUUGAGGGAAACUAGGUUUGGGGAGUGGGUAAGCUUAGGACUUUGGAAAUUGUAAAGUGGCUUUUGUAACUCGUUACUGGGGAACCUUUUAGAGUUUGAUCUGCCUUGUGGACAGGUCCGGUGGUUUAGGAAUCAAGCUAUAGCGUGGAUUAGCCACACCUGUGUCACCUGGGAUGGGUGCCCUUGACUAGUUUGGGGUGUGGAGUUUUGGGUGUGUCUGGCUCUUUGUGAGAGGGACUUUGGAAUCUUAAGGAUUUUACUAAAACAUGACCUGGGGUUUGAAAUCCAGGUCAUGAGCCCACCCAUUUUGUACAGUUCUCAAUCUAUGAAAGUAGAAACGUGUACAGUUUGAUAAGAAAGGCAGCGACUCUUAAUGUUUCUUACUCCCCCGCCCCGCCGUCCCUCCCCCACCAGAGGGCUGAAGCCUCGUGCCUCAACAACCCGUGGAGCACCUGGAGUGCUUCGGAUGCCUUAGGAACGAUGCCUGUGUGUGCGACAGGUUAGGGAAGAUUCCAUACAGCUAAUCAGAUCUGCCUCUCAGGAAAAAUACUAACUUGUUCUUUUUGUUCCUGGCUUUCAGUUUGUGAGAUUACUCUAUUUUUUUAAAUAUAAUUUUAUUUCUUUCAACGAAUUUAAAAAUAAAUACCUUUGGAACAAUGA